UCUGACUAAUAGUAAUCUGAGCUAACAAGAAAGACUAGAAAGAGUGGAAUGAGAAUAGAGAAACUGACACAGGCUACAUCUGCAGCUCAGUGCAAGUGUCACAAACAUUUAUUUGCUGCAAAGCAGCUGGGCGAGAGUUAAACUCCAAGUAAUGUCAGGAUAGUCUGGGUAUCUGCUCAGAAUUUUAACUAAGAAAAAGAAUACGUGGUACUGGAGAAGCUGCCGUGCAGUGUACCAGAGCAGCAACAAACCAUAUAGAGGGAUCGUUAGUGGGAGCUACAGCUGAUAUCAGGGAUCGAGGUGGAUGUGUUGGAGCUUGCACCAAAGUUAAUUUUGAGAUGUCAGUGUUUAUCCCUGUGAAAGGGCUUGCUUUCAUAGAAGACGAAUACCAGUCAGAUUGUUGGGACUUGUAUAACAUCUGAUCUGAUCUUGCUGAUUUUAGCUCUUCACAGGAAGAAGCUAUUUUUGACAAUAUGAAUGCCUUAGUUGUCCUGCUAUACUUAUUUCUAUUUCUUAUAUCAUCAAGGAGAACAACAAGUGAAUUGCUGGGAUCAUGUACAAAUAUGUGCUUGUGUGAGGAAAAAGAUGGUUCAUUGUUUGUGAAUUGUGAGGAAAAGGGUAUCACAAAAUUGGCAGAGAUAGAGAUACCUCCAUCUCAGUACUUAGAACUUAAUCUCUUGAAUAAUGGAUUAUAUAAACUACAUGUGAAUGACUUUUUAGAUUUCAAUAAUUUAAUAUCUUUACAUCUUGGUUUUAAUAAUAUUGUGGCAAUUGAACCAGGAGCAUUCAAUGAUCUCCGCAUGCUUAAGAAACUUCAUAUUAAUCACAACUCUUUGGAAAUACUAAGAGAAAAUACUUUUAUGGGACUGGAGAAACUGGAAUUUCUUCAAGCAGACAACAAUUUUAUUACUACGAUUGAAGCAAAUACAUUUAGUAAACUUAACAGAUUGAAAGUUCUUAUUCUCAAUGAUAAUGCAAUCGAUUUCAUACCUGACAAUAUUUUUCGUUUUGUACCUCUUACUCACUUGGAUUUAAGAGGAAACCAGUUGCAAACUCUUUCAUAUGUUGGAUUUUUAGAACACAUUGGAAGAAUAAUAGAACUUCAAUUAGAAGAUAAUAAAUGGGUUUGCAACUGUGAUUUGUUACAGCUGAAAAUCUGGCUGGAGAACAUGCCUCAACAAUCCACAAUAGGUGAUGUUGUUUGCUAUAACCCACCAGAUUUGAAAGGUGCUGUUCUCCGAAAAUUAAAAAAAGAAAUGUUCUGCAUCACAACCCCCAGCAGUGAUCUUGAAGAACCUUCAGUACCACUAUCAUUGUUGGGUACUGCAUCAAUAAGUGAUGGUAGAGUACCAACAAAGAUAACAUCACUUCAAAUACCAACCAAGGAAACAUUUGUUCUCACAAAAUCAACAACUCUACUUCCAGGCUUUUAUUGUCCAGUUCCAUGCCAUUGUUCUAGUUACAGUUUCUCUGGAACCUUGAUUCACUGCCAAGAGCGGAACAUUGAAAGUGUAUCUGACCUGGAACCUCCACCUCUAAAUCCAAGAAAGCUAAUUUUGGCAGGAAACAUUAUUCAUAGAAUAUAUAAAUCGGAUUUUACAGAAUAUGGAAGCCUAGAAAUGCUUCAUUUAGGUAACAAUCAAAUUGAGAUAAUUGAAGAACAAUCUUUCCAGAAUUUGACUAAACUACAGAAGUUGUAUUUGAAUGGAAAUCAUUUAAAAAGUUUAAACCCUGGCAUAUUCUUUGGAAUGACAAAUAUUGAGUACUUAUACUUGGAAUACAAUGCAAUUACUGAAAUUUCAUCUGGAACAUUUUCUGUAAUGCCGAAACUGAAAGUUCUUUAUUUAAAUAAUAACCUUUUAAAAACAUUACCAGAACAUAUAUUUUCUGGAGUUCCAUUAACAAAGGUAAAUCUUAAAAAUAACCAGUUUGUAAAUAUUCCAAUUAAAACAGUUUUAGAAGAAUUGAACUUGGUGACACAAAUUGAAAUUCAGGAUAAUCCUUGGGACUGUACAUGCAGUAUAAUUGGGCUUAAACACUGGAUCCAACAGCAUAAAACUGUGGUUGUUGGGGAGAUUCUUUGCUACUCUCCCAGAGAGCGGGUAAAAAUGGAAUUAAGGUCCCUUGACAGUGAAGAUUUGUGCCCUGAACUAAUAAAUUUUAAAGAUUUUGCCACACAACCAAAUUUCAACAAUCUUACACCAACAUUCACAUCCACAAAUAAAGUUGAUACUAUAUUAAAAUCACUUUCUGAUUACAUACCACUUUCUGUUUUAAUUCUUGGUCUCCUGAUUGUGUUAAUUACAGCUGUGCUUUGUUCUGCAGGAAUUAUAGUUCUUGUUUUGCACAGGAGACGCAGGUAUAAAAAGAAACAGGAAAAUGGACAAAUAAGAGAAAAUAGUCCUGUUCAUAUUCAAUACAGUAUCUAUGGUCACAAAACAACGCACCAUACAACAGAAAGACCAGGAUCAGCUAUGUUUGAACAACGGAUAAUAAAUCCGGUUGUUCAGGUUUACCAAACACCUCCAUUUACACCAAAACAUUCAGAACAAGACCAGGAGGAAGACCAGGAGCUCAACGAUUCAAAGAAACUGUGUAGAGGACUCAUAGAAAAGGAGAUUAAUUCAUUGCAAGCACCUUCAAACAUAAAAUUCAAAGAUCCAUCUACCGAAUUUAUUUCUUUUCAGGACGCAAGUUACCUUUAUAGAAAUCUCAUUGAAAAGGAACAAGAAAUUCAACAGCUUGGAAUUGCUGAGUAUUUGAGAAAAAACAUAGUUCACUUGCAGCCAGGUAUAGAGGUGCAUUAUCCUGGGACUCAUGAAGAGUUAAAAUUGAUGGAAUCCCUUAUGUAUAGUAAGUCAAGGAAGGUUCUUGUUGAACAAACCAAAAAUGAAUAUUUUGAGCUAAAAGCCAAUCUUCAUUCAGAGCCUGACUACUUGGAAGUUUUAGAACAACAGACGUGAGCUACCAUUAUUCAGAAUAAACAAUACAAAAUACUGAAUUAUGAACUCAAAUGUAUUAUCUGCUGUUAUAAUAUGAAGUGCCUCACUAAACUGUCUUAAUAAAAAAACCAAGCAAAGCACACUCAUAAUUGUAUAUAAACUCAGGGACAUAUAAAUUUAAGAUAAGCGUGUAAAAAAAAAAAAAAAGAUUCCAUGUUAUAAAGAUGUAAAUAUGAUGUUGAUAAAAAUGCAAUUAAAACAUUAUUUAUAUUUUGUAACAAGAAAAAUCAAUAAAAAAAUAUUAAUGUACAGAUUUGUCCACUUACAUCUUUGCUGUUUUGCUCAAUUUGGCACAACAUGCAAAACACGGCUAAGCUGUUUUUCAUGAGUAGCGAGUGGAUGGAUUUUAACAUUUUUGUUUGCCAUAAUAGAAUACAGUAUGUAUAAAGUAAAAUAUUAAAAAAGUAAAUUAAGAAAAAUCACAAGGCAUGGCUAAAUCUCUGAGUCUAUGGCAUGCAAAACCGUGCUAUACAUGGCGAGAUAUAGCAAAGAUGUAUGUGGACACUUCCGUACAUUGGAAAUUGACUUUAUGAAUACAAUACACUUGUAUAACAUAUGACACCACAAGGUCAUUUCAGAUAAACUGCAACGUGACAUCUGGUGGCAUAGAGAAAAUGUGUUUGUCAUAACAUAUUAUCUCCAUGUACUCUAUACAGUAAAUUAUAUAUGGGUGUUUAUAAGCGUGCUUGGAGCACUGUGUUCUUCAUGUUACAAAUGCCUGAUCAAGCCACUUGCUUGCAAUAAACAUGCUUCAUCUGUAGUUUAGUUGACAAUGUGCCAUGGGGGGAAUUUACUAAAAUAUUUAAUAUUGGAUUAUGGCAUGUUUGUGACUUACUUCAUUUGCAGUCUUAUAAGUAACUUUAUAAUUUAAACAACAACUGUGCAACCUAGUGAGUUAUGUAUGUACUAUUUCACUUCACAAGUUGCAUAUGUGUGUCAGUAUAUUUUGUAUAUACAGUAUAUAUAUAUGUAUAUAUUUAUGAUUUCCAGAAUCAUUGUAAUAAUUCUUCAUAUUUAAGCUUGGGAACUGUACAGUUAUAUAAAAGCUCUAGACAGCUGUUUGUUGCAGAUGUUUAGAAUUAAUAUGUUUUAACCCCUAGCGGUAACAGCAAAAUCACUGAAAAAAUAAUAUUUAGGGGCAGAUUCAAUUAGCUGCGGAAUUUACCCCACAGCUAUUUGUCAGCCCUGAGCUAUUCAAUUAUGGGCCACUAACCUGAGUGUUAAGUCCCAGAUGGUGCACUUAAUGCAGGUUUUUCCUUGUAUCCUCAAGAGCUGCAAGGAAAAAUCUGCAUUAAAUGCACCUUCCGGAAUUGAAUGUGUGGGGUAACUCAUAGGUCAGCACAUAACGUAGAAUCUAUGGGUUAAUGUGUGUUACCCAUCAGGUUUACUGCACAGAUAAAGUAACUAAUAAUUGAAUAGCUAGGGAGUUAAAUACGGAACAUUUCCUAUGUGGUAAACGAUGCGGGUAAUUAAAUCUGCCCCUUAAAAUGAAUAAAAAAGGAACAAAAGUCUGUGACUCAUUAAAAAUGUAAGCAUAGAACAAUAAGGGAGAAUAUCUAUCUUAGGGAGUCAUAUCUGCUUAAGGGAUUGUGUCUAAAACAAUUUAGAAUAGUACACCUACUUAAUUCACCCAAUAUAAAAUUCACACUGAGAACCAUCAGUCAAGUAAAUUAACCACUAAUGACUAUAAUCUCUAAAAAAAAAAAAAAAA